AUGACAACAACCGCCGCCGCUGUAGCAAAGAAGUCAAAAACACAACAGAAUCAGAGGCUUUUUGUUGACUCCACCGACAGUGACUUCAUAAGCCCGGACAUCGUGGCGGCCAACACGCCUGCUGCUCUCACGGCUGAGGCUGUGCGUCGCAUGGAGGUGUUUGUGCUGCGGACAAUUUACGAGAUUGUGAGUACAACGCAGCAGUUGGCACUUCGGGAAGGUCGGCUAAGUGUAAUACGAUUGCAGCUCUUAGUCCUUCACCUCCUUUACCACAAUCUUCAUCUUGGAAUACUCAGCACGCAACGCGAUGUCUAUUACCGUCUUGCCCGCCUCGUUCCUGAUCAGGGAUGCAUUAACCGGGCUAUCCAACAGCUCGUACAGAUACUUGGUAUUCCGCGGCAGUGGCUUGGUGUCGUGCCUGGAACGCGUGGGUGUGUUGGUGGGUCACUGAGUUUUCACGGCGUUGAUCUGCGCUACAGUGGAUCGGAGGGGUUGCCGCUGCCGACGACGCGGGAAGAGUUGCGAGUCGUACUGGGUAGUGUCAAGGGGACAUAUGUAGCAAUGAGGGAGGAAGACGCCAUCACUGGCUUUGAACUUCAUGGGCAGACGCGUUACCUCAUCGUUGUAGAGAAGCACGCCAUAUUUUUUAGGCUUAUGGAGGAACGUAUUUUUGAACGGGUCCCAUGUGUGUUGCUUACCUCUCACGGUUUCCCUACUGUUGCGGCUCGAACACUUUUGUCUAAUUUGCAUCGAGCAGCCCCGCGUGUUCCCGUUGUGGCUCUUGUUGACUACAACCCAAGUGGACUCUCUAUUUUGCAGCAGUACAAAUAUAGCGCAGGCGGUAUGCGUGAGAGCCAGUACAGUGCUGUCCACGCUCUACAUUGGCUUGGUUUGCGAAGUCCUCACAUUUUGCAAGGGUCUGACCCAGGGGUUGUUGCAUCACACCCGCUUGUGGCUUCGAAGCCUCCUCCUCCUCUGCGUUUGCUGCCUUCUCUUCCCUUUCAGCCGUUCACUCAGCGCGAUACGGCAAUGAUGGCGAAUCUCUUGUCCCGAUGGCGUGGCCUCAGCGAGGGAUGCAAAGGGACUGACACUGAUGCCGUCAAGGCUUGGUAUGCGGAGGCCCUAAAAAUGCAGCAGCUGCGGGUUAAGGUCGAGCUAGAGGUAUUGUAUCAGCAUGGCGCCGACGAGUUGAUGCAAACGUCAUUGUCUUCAUUUCAGCUCUCAGAUAGGCAUAGCUUUGCUGCCUGGGUGUGCCGAAUCGUUCUUCGCCAUGACUACAUUUGA